AGAGCGUAAUGUACCGUGCAAAUUAGAUGUUUUAACCACGAGUGCAACUACCAUAUAAAUACUAGACAGAGGCUCUAACUACCAUAAGUCUCUCGGAAUUCUUAGUGAUUACAGUUGACCGCUGACACAAUGAUGAUGAAAUACUUUGUCCUUCUGUGCGUGGCGUCGCUGGCGUUGGCGGAGGAAAAGUACACGGACAAGUACGAUAACAUCGACCUGGACGAGAUUCUGGACAACAAGCGGCUGCUGCAGGCCUACGUCAACUGUAUACUUGACAAGGGCAAGUGUACGCCCGAGGGCAAGGAGCUGAAAGACCACCUAGAAGACGCUCUUCAGACGGGCUGCGAAAAAUGCACCGAGGCUCAGAAAAAAGGGACCGCUAAGGUUAUUGAUCACCUCAUCCAAAAGGAGCUGCCGAUCUGGCGCGAGCUGACUGCCAAGUUCGACCCUGAAGGGAAGUUCAGGAAGACCUACGAACAGCGAGCGCGGGAGAACGGCAUCACCAUUCCUGAGGAAUAAACAACUAUCCGUUUAAGGGCACCCUAGGCACAUUUACAUAGAUGUAUAUGUAAGUCAGAUCUGGUCCUGUAAAUGAAGUGACGUAGUGUGAACUAAUCUAGACGUGGGCGAAGUCGCAUCUGCGAGGCCCUAUUCCUUCACUGUGCCCGACAGGGCAACGCCCCACUUCGCCCUCGCCUAGCUACGCCACUACGUAAAUCCCUUAGAUGAAGCAGACUGACUUUCUAGAGUCUAGAUCAUAGACAAUCGAACCAGAAUUCUGUCAGAUUUAUCCGACCGAAUUCAGAAUACUGAUGUGUCUGGGGUAACCUUACAGCUUUUUUGCAUCUCCCCGACGAUAUUGACGAUUUGAAUUUGAUGUGAUAUUAUUAAUAAAACUUAGCUUUAAUGCCUGUAAUCUGGUAUGACAUUCUGGUAGUCACAUUUCAAAACUACAUAACAAUUAAAUUUUUUUAUGUUCCUUGUAAAAGUCGUUACUCAAUUAAUGUUGACUAGUUACUGUAAUCUAGUCCUACUAAAGUGUCCCUAGGUCCCUACUGUAGUUAUGUACCUACAUUUAACUACCAAGACUACUGUGAAAAUAAAUUAAACAUUCAUAUCACACUAUAGGUCCUAGUAUGUAGACAGUUACCCUGAUUUAAAGAUUUUAUUGAUGGUUUUGUAUGAUUUUUAUAAAAAAUAUACCAAAAUGAUAUCAUU